AGGAGAGGAGAGAAGGUUUCGGAAGGAGGAAGAGAAGGGAAAAAAAAAAUAGGUCCGUGCACGGUACCCCGAGCGGGGCAGCGCGCCCCCGCGGGCUGAACUGCGCGCGGGGCAUCACGCCCACGCGGGGCAGCCCACGUGGGCCAUUGACUCAAAUGCGCGCGCGGCGCUCUUUUUUUUUUUUUUGGUCCGCGGUUUUCCAACCAGUAUCGAACCGAUACCGUAUCGGUACUGGUCUCCACCAGUACGGCAGUACGACGGACCUUGAUUUAAAUGUCUUAGAAGUGCAUCUAAAUAUUAGUAUGUAAAGAAAACUCUAGAGUUGGGACAUAUUAAAGCUUGGUUUCUAUUUCAAAGGAUAGGGCAAGUUCUGCAAUCUCGGUACCGGAUACUAUAUUGGUACCUUAUCGAUUCGAUACGGUAGAGUAUGGUACACUCCUAUACCGAAAAUAGUUCUCUAACCGUUUUUCUUAAUUUUUAUCUUGGUACGCCUUGAUACAGGUCGAUAUGCUUCGGUACGGGCGGUACGGAGCUUGUAUCAACUUGAAGUUAAGUUUUGUACCGAUUUUCUUCCGGUACAGUAUAGUACGUUGCGUACCAGGCAGUACAACAAACCAUGGGAUAGGGUACGCAAGAGGUGCUGCACUAAUUUUAUUUUGUGGGACUUGUGCCGAGAGAGAGAGAGAGAGUCCCCUUUCUCUUAUCUUUGCUUUCCUCUCACUCGUUUUACAUGUGCAUAGCAUGUGCAUAAAGCUGAUGUUUGAGGGAGACAGGGCGCUUUCUGUGUUUUAAAAAAGUCUAGGGCCUCUAGGCCUUGUUGGCUUUCUAUGAAUCCCAGUUUUCUUUCAAGUUUAUCUUCUAAUAAAAUCAAGUUUGAAAUUAAAAGUAAUAAAAAUAAAAGAAAAUAUGAUAAAUAGAUCAAAACAAUUCAAUUUUUUAUUUUUUGAUACAUAUGCUUUGGCAUGCAUAGCACAUUUUAGAUACUAAUAAAUUAUAAAGAAUAAGGAUAACUAUAAAUAUGAAAGGAUAUAUGCAUGAUAUUUGCAAUGAAAUGGUGAUCACUCUGUCCCCGUGUUUCUCUGAGAGAAUCUAUAUAUAGAAAAUACAAAAUUGUGUGCCAAAAUGGCUCUAAUUAUAUACAAGUGACUAAACAUAAAACAACCAACUAGGAUAAGGACUAAAAGUGAAAUAUUCAAACAAAAGACUGGCUAUUAAGUUCCACAAAUUUUUCAGACAAGCAAGAGAAAACUGAUUAAUGAGUCUUCUCAGUUGAGAGAAGAUAGUUUCAAAAAAAAUAAAGCAUGGACCAAUGAUAUGCGUUUUUGUUAUAUAGAAGGAAUAGCAGACAUGAAAGGAAAUAAAUGAGAGAAGAGUUCUCUCUUUUUAAGUAUGCAUUUGCUCUUGUAUAUUUCCUUGUAAAAAUGAAAGGACUAUUCUUCAAAAAAUAUUAGAGGAUGAGGGAAGGCAAAAAGUUUAAAAGAUACAGAAGACAUUCAAUCAAGGAGGAGCAUAUCUGAGCAUAUAUUUUUCAUUUAAGGGGGGAUGCAUGUAUUUAAUGUUUUCCAUUAUGUUUAUUAUUUUAUAGGAAAGCAAUUUUGUCAUACUUCAAUUUUUCUGUGUAUUUAUUGUAAUAGAGUUCUCUAGUAUGUGUUGCACAAUUGAAAGCCAAGAGAUCAUACAUUUUUUCAUCUCUAUCUGAAGCUCUGGGGGCUCUUUGACAAGGUUAGGGUGUCUUCCUCUACCUAUUCCCAUUUUUUCCCUAUUCCUCAGUCUUCUCCACCCAAAUAUUGGUGGAAUUCAUGCAUAUUGAGGUAAAAUUCAGGAUAAAUGAGAUUUUUUUGGGACGACCCGGCUUCUGAGUUUCAUAGUUUUCUUUACCCUUUUUUUUGCUGUAUCUUGAUCAGAGCUUGGUAUAUUCAGCAUAAUUUACAUCCAUGUCUAAUAUUUCUUGUACUGAAACUUAUAUACUGAUUCUUUUUUUGCAACUUCCGGAUGUGAUUUUGAGCCCAGUAUUCAGGGUUUUGAGGAUUUUCAAGCUUGUUCCCACAAUUUUUUUUUGAUCGAAAAUAUUCUUCUUUUUGGCAAUUCCUUUUUUGAUUUCAUAGAAAAUAAAAAAGCCACAGGCAUAAACCUCUCAAAUAUAUCUAUUUCGCUUCUUCAAAAGAGCAAAACGUGAUUUUUGCUUGGAAAUUUUGGGUGAUAGCAUGCAAAAUUUUCCUCUUUGAGAUCAUGGGUAUGAAAUCUGAGGCGACGAGCACAGUCCAAACACAGCCUCCAAUAAACAACAUGGAAAUGGUGUCCCAUAGAGGAACUGCUGCUGUCUGUAGACCGAUUGGUGGCAACCACAAGCCGCGCACCAAAGUGCCAAUGAAACGAAAGUGUGGACGGCAAAGGAACUAUCAUCCUGGCCAGAACAUGGUGUUUGCAGUCACCCCCAUAUCAGUGGCUCCUCCAGGCCCAUCUGAUCAUGCUGGAAGGAUUUCUCCUUCUGCUAGUACAGCUUCAACAUGCUUAGCAGAAGCCGAGAAGAAGGAUAUGGAUGAACAGCUGCAGAUGGAUGCACUGGGAUCAUCUGGAACUGGAUUUAUCUUGCAUAUCAUGACCAUUGAGGCUGGAGAGGAUGUUGGAUCAAAGAUUAUGUCAACUUUUCAGAAUGGUUCACGCUCUUUUUGUAUUCUCUCUGCAAUUGGUGCAAUUUCUAGUGUGACUAUUCAACGAGCAGCAACUAGUGGGCCAGUAACAUAUGAGGGUCCAUUUGAAAUCUUGUCACUCUCGGGCUCAUAUGUGCUGUCAGAGAGUGCUGGCCGGCAGACAUGGAAUGGGGCCCUGAGUGUGUCACUGGCUGGAAUUGAUGGUUGGGUUUUAGGCGGCAGAGUGGCAGGACUCUUUAGAGCAGCAACACCUGUCAAGGUGAUUGCAGGCAGUUUCAUUGCUGGUGUGGAAGAGCCAAAACAGUCUGAUCCUUUGGUGAAUGCCCCCUGAAUGCUUGUCCCUGGUGACAACAAUUGGAGCCAAUGGUCCUUCGUAGGGCAUACUGACAUGUGAAACAACUAGCAGAACAUCUACAGCAUGCCAUGGGAUUAACUUGCAUCUUACAAACUUUAAUGGUGCUUGUUCUCUAAAUCCAUCUUGUCAUCUUACCUUGCAUAGUUUUCUGGCUAGGUUAUUCGAAAAUGAAUGCUUUGCUUCCCUUUUCUUGACUGUAAAGUAACUUUAGUAAAAUCUUCAUGUUUAAUCUCU